AAUUUUGAGAGCCGUGGAGCCCCGCCCUCCGCCGAGGUGGGCGUGGCGUAGCAGAGACCCGCGCUCAGGCCGCCGGCGCCGGCUGGAACCGGAGGCACGCAACGCGGCGGCAGCUAAUCGCCAAGUCUCGUGUGCGUCCCGCAACGCGGGAACUACGCGAACCCUCCCCGCUCCUCCCCUCCCGCAGCGUCCUGGGCGCAUGCGCUUCGCGCCUUCCCCCGCCCCCGCACCCCUAGCUGCCCUGGUUACCGUUGGUGUUUGCUAAUUCUCUGCAGCGCCUUCUUCGCCCAACUCCAGCGGCAGUUCAACACUCGCGCGGCCGCGUCACGUGCGCCGAGAUUCCCUCGCGGCUGCUGGCCGGCGGCUCUGCCGGGAGGAAGGAGCUGUGGCCGCCGCUCGCCCUACCUCUGCGCCCCGGGGCGGGCGCGCUGGUAAAAAUGGCGAAAUGGGGGUAGUCGACGCGGGACCUGGAGCGAUGGGGCGCGCAGGUGGGGCGGUUGUCGGAGCCCCCUGACGUGGGCGCCGCGCUUUUCUCGGUGAUUUGAUCUGGCGACCUCGGGCCGGCGCCUAAGAGGUCAGACUACGGAGUCCGCGGGUUGCCGACGGCCCCGCAGAGAGCCGGAGGCAAUGGAUGAACAGAGCGUGGAGAGCAUUGCUGAGGUUUUCCGAUGUUUCAUUUGUAUGGAGAAAUUGCGGGAUGCACGCCUGUGUCCUCAUUGCUCCAAGCUGUGUUGUUUCAGCUGUAUUAGGCGCUGGCUGACAGAGCAGAGAGCUCAAUGUCCUCAUUGCCGUGCUCCACUCCAGCUACGAGAACUAGUAAAUUGUCGUUGGGCAGAAGAAGUAACACAACAGCUUGAUACUCUUCAACUCUGCAGUCUCACCAAACAUGAAGAAAAUGAAAAGGACAAAUGUGAAAAUCACCAUGAAAAACUUAGUGUGUUUUGCUGGACUUGUAAGAAGUGUAUCUGCCAUCAGUGUGCACUUUGGGGAGGAAUGCAUGGCGGACAUACCUUUAAACCUUUGGCAGAAAUUUAUGAGCAGCAUGUCACUAAAGUGAAUGAAGAGGUAGCCAAACUUCGUCGGCGUCUCAUGGAACUGAUUAGCUUAGUUCAAGAAGUGGAAAGGAAUGUAGAAGCUGUAAGAAAUGCAAAAGAUGAGCGUGUUCGGGAAAUUAGGAAUGCAGUGGAGAUGAUGAUUGCACGGUUAGACACACAGCUGAAGAAUAAGCUUAUAACGCUGAUGGGUCAGAAGACUUCUCUAACCCAAGAAACAGAACUUUUGGAAUCCUUACUUCAGGAGGUGGAGCACCAGUUGCGGUCUUGUAGUAAGAGUGAGUUGAUAUCUAAGAGCUCAGAGAUCCUUAUGAUGUUUCAGCAAGUUCAUCGGAAGCCCAUGGCAUCUUUUGUUACCACUCCUGUUCCACCAGACUUUACCAGUGAAUUAGUGCCAUCUUACGAUUCAGCUACUUUUGUUUUAGAGAAUUUCAGCACUUUGCGUCAGAGAGCAGAUCCUGUUUACAGUCCACCUCUUCAAGUUUCAGGACUUUGCUGGAGGUUAAAAGUUUACCCAGAAAAUGGUAAUGGUCUGUUUUUCAAUUUUAGAUAUGAAUAUCGUGUAGAGAUGGUUCACCAGUCCUGUAAUGAUCCUACAAAAAAUAUCAUUCGAGAAUUUGCAUCUGACUUUGAAGUUGGAGAAUGCUGGGGCUAUAAUAGAUUUUUCCGUUUGGACUUACUUGCAAAUGAAGGAUACUUGAAUCCACAAAAUGAUACAGUGAUUUUAAGGUUUCAGGUACGUUCACCAACUUUCUUUCAAAAAUGCCGGGACCAGCAUUGGUACAUUACUCAGUUGGAAGCUGCACAGACUGGUUAUAUCCAACAAAUAAACAAUCUUAAAGAGAGACUUACUAUUGAGCUGUCUCGAACUCAGAAAUCAAGAGAUUUGUCACCACCAGAUAACCAUCUCAGCCCCCAAAAUGAUGAUGCCCCUGAGACACGACCUAAGAAGUCUGCAUGCUCUGACAUGCUUCUCGAGGGUGCUCCUACAGCUUCUGUAAGAGAGGCCAAAGAGGAUGAAGAAGAUGAGGAGAAGAUUCAGAAUGAAGAUUAUCAUCAUGAGCUUUCAGAUGGAGAUCUGGACCUGGAUCUUGUUUGUGAGGAUGAAGUAAAUCAGCUUGAUGGCAGCAGUUCCUCUGCUAGUUCCACAGCAACAAGUAAUACAGAAGAAAAUGAUAUUGAUGAAGAAACUAUGUCUGGAGAAAAUGAUGUGGAAUAUAACAACAUGGAGUUAGAAGAGGGGGAACUCAUGGAAGAUGCAGCUGCUGCAGGACCCCCAGGUAGUAGCCAUGGCUAUGUGGGUGCCAGUAGUAGAAUGUCAAGAAGAACACGUUUAGGCUCUGCUGCUACCAGUAGUUUACUAGACAUUGAUCCAUUAAUUUUAAUACAUUUGUUGGACCUUAAGGACCGGAGCAGUAUGGAAAAUUUGUGGGGCUUACAGCCUUGCCCACCUGCUUCACUUUUGCAGCCCACAGCAUCAUAUUCUCGAAAAGAUAAAGACCAAAGGAAGCAGCAGGCAAUGUGGCGAGUGCCCUCUGAUUUAAAGAUGCUAAAAAGACUCAAAACUCAAAUGGCUGAAGUUCGAUGUAUGAAAACUGAUGUAAAGAAUACACUUUCAGAAAUAAAAAGCAGCAGUGCUACUACUUCUGGAGAUGUGCAGACAAGCCUUUUUUCUGCUGACCAGGCAGCUCUGGCUGCAUGUGGAACUGAAAACUCUGGCAGAUUACAGGAUUUGGGAAUGGAACUCCUGACAAAGUCAUCAGUUGCCAAUUGUUACAUACGAAACUCCACAAAUAAGAAGAGUAAUUCGCCCAAGCCAGCUCGGUCCAGUGUAGCAGGUAGUCUUUCACUUCGAAGAGCAGUGGACCCUGGGGAAAGUAGUCGUUCAAAGGGAGACUGUCAGCCACUGUCUGAAGGUAAAUUUGAGGGAUUCAGAAUGUACUUUCAGUGGGAUAGAUAUCUGUUACCUGAAAUUUAUUUGAUUGUAUCUGCCAGCCUGGUUCAUGUAGAAGAAAAAGAAAACAUAGAUGAUUUUGUCAUUUACUACUUAUAUAAAAAUAUCAAGUUGUUUUCUUCUUUGAGGGUGAAUGCUAAAGGAGGUCAUCUGGAAGGACUGCAGAUGACUGAUUUGGAAAAUAAUUCUGAAACUGGAGAGUUACAGCCUGUACUACCUGAGGGAGCUUCAGCUGCCCCUGAAGAAGAAAUGAGUAGCGACAGUGACAUUGAAUGUGACACUGAGAAUGAGGAGCAGGAAGAGCACACCAGUGUGGGCGGGUUUCACGACUCUUUCAUGGUCAUGACACAGCCCCCGGAUGAAGAUACACAUUCCAGUUUUCCUGAUGGUGAACAAAUAGGCCCUGAAGAUCUCGGCUUCAAUACAGAUGAAAACAGUGGAAGGUAAUUGCCAAAUCAAGAGAACUGACUUGCAAGCUACCUUGACCUUGAAUUUUGCUAUAGUUGGUGCUCAAAUUUGUCAUCAGUCAGAUAAUCAGAUUUAGUCUUACUUUUUCAUUACCUGAAACAGUAAUUUGGAAACUGUUGGAAGGUGGCACAAUUUAGAAUAAGAUCGCAGUAGUACAUGGGAAAAAACAGUAUGGGAAUAGUUCUUUGUAACGUAAGGAAAUGACAGUGUCGUUCUCUAUUAAUGUAGCAAAUGUGUGCAUUCACAAAAGGCAGUUGUCUACUACAGCAGAGGUGGUUAACGGCCAGAAAAUGUACCCCCCAAGUCAUGCAUGCCCUCAGUAACCUGCUCGGGAUUGGUGCUCUACUGUCUUUGGCUAGAGCUUAGUUGUGUUUAAAUGAUCACCUUUAUAUUUGGGGUUUUAAUUACACUUUAGUUACAGUUCCAUUAGUGCCUAUAGAUUAGUGAACAGAACAAUUGCUUAUGAACAGAUUCUGCCCUGUAGACACUUUAUGUGAAUAACUGAAGUAACACUAGACUGAGUCUCCUCUUUGGGUAGGUAUCUUCUCAUUAUUUCAAGUACAGGCACACUGUUGAUUGGCAUGUAAUCUUUAUGUUGUGUGACUUCUGCAAGUGUAAUUUUAAAUGAAUUAACAUGGACUUGUUCUGUUCCUGGUCCUGUAAACACAUCUAAGAUUAUUUACGAUUAUUUCCUUUUUUUCUGCCUGUUACCAUACAACUGUAGUGCAACAAAUAUUUUAAAGCCCACCUUUUUUUCUUUAUUUUCAUCAGUUGGACAUUGAUUUCAGUGUCAACAGAUUUAAAGAUUGAUUCAUGUUGCACAGUGGCUUACAUGAAAGUGAAACUGAUAAAAGAUUUUCUUUCAUACUUAAAAUUAGCCCAAGACAGUUGCCACACUUUGCCAUUGUGCUCCUGCAUUUGUGUUUGAGCUGCUAUGUAUUGUGAAAAUUACAUUGAAAGUUGACUAAGAGACUAUUGACAAAGCAUGAUAAUUAUACAUGUGAGAGACAUCUGCUGUAUUUUACUUAGUGAAUAUUGUUCACUUUUCCGUGUCUGAUGUCUUGCUGAAUGCUGUGACUCAGUUUACUUUUGUUCAAAAUAGUUUGCACUUUUUAAAAUAAAAUCAACUUGAGAAAAUA